CGUAUUUGGAGGACUAUUUGGAUACCAUUGAGUCGUUGCCAUUGGAGAUGGCACGCAAUUUCACUCUGAUCCACGAGCUAGACUCGACCUCAUACGAGGUAAUGCGUAAAGUCAGAUUGGAGACCGAUGAUUUUAUGAGCAAUGUAGUCUCAUUUACUAAAGAAGAGCGGAAAGCACGUCUUAUCAAAAUAUCGGCCUUGUUCAAAUCAUGUUUAAAACAUGGUCAUGAUAAAGUCGAGUUGGCUGUGCAAACAUAUGAUAUGGUUGAUCGACAUAUCCGGAGAUUAGAUGAUGACUUGAUGAAGUUUGAAGAAGAGCAGAUGACAGGACCAAAGGUUUUACCUUCUCAUUCUCAGCCUAGAGAAGAUCCUAGACAGUAUAGAUCUGAAAAGUUGACUAGGGAAACUGGUUCGUCACGAUUAUCUCGUCGAGCUCAAUCAGGAAUAGGUCAAGUUGCUUUGCCCGAGGUAGAUACACCCACCAAAAAACGAAGAGUUCCAGAUGAUGAACGGCCACCAUUGAACGAAUCUCCUGUAGCGACACCUGUUUCCAGCACUCCCCAAAAGCCCAUUGUAGCGCCAGUACCCAAGCCGUUAGUUUCAGCCGUGUCCAAAAAGUCGAGCAUUAAAAGCAAAAAAACAUCGACAAAUGUGACGCCUGUACCUACACCACCCAUGGAAGUCAAGAUUGGCAAAGAACUUGUUCCUGUAGAUUUAGAAAUUGAUCCAAACGAGCCAACAUACUGCAUAUGUAAACAAGUGUCAUUUGGUGAAAUGAUUGCGUGCGACAAUGAUGAUUGUCCAAUCGAAUGGUUUCAUUACACAUGUGUAGGGUUGACAGAUCCAGUCAAGGGAAAGUGGUUUUGUCCAAUCUGUGUCGAGAAACGCAAGAUAUAAAACGAUUGCUUUGGAUAAACCCAAUGUUUUCCAUUUACCCCAGUCUGGAUGUAGAAUAGGUUGGGUGGAUACUUUUUCUAUAUCUUGACUCCUUGAGUCUAUUGAAAUGAAUGUACUUGCCUUUC